AUGGCUAUUGUCACCGGUUCUCUGCUGAUGGACGUUCUAUUAGCUCUCAUGUCUGUUCUGUGCCUUCUGUACUGGCACAUCACAAACAAUGAUGACUACCGGGACAAAAGAGGCGUGGCCAACGUCAAUAAAGGAUUGUUUUUAGGUACCUUCAUGAACAAACAAUCACAAGCCGACACGGUUAAGGAGAUUUACAAUCAAUUUCCCGAAGAAAAGUUUGUAGGACUGUUCCAAUUCAAAAAGCUCGUUCUUAUGCUGCGAGAUCGGAGCUUAAUAAACAGGGUUUUGGUGAAAGAUUUCACGCAUUUUCAAGACAGAGGAACGGCACCACUUAAAAAACACCUCUUCUCUAGAAACCUUUUUGGAUUAAGAGGAAGUGAGUGGGGGACACUACGUCACAAGUUGACGCCUACCUUUACAACAGGGAAACUGAGAGGUAUGUUCGAGCAGAUCUCCAAAUGUGGUGAAUACUUGGUCACAAAGAUAGAAGAGGUUUCAUCUGUUGACGUUGAAGGAAUGGAUCCCGCAAAUGUUCUCUUUGAGUUCACUUUGGACGUGAUCGCAAGUUGUGCUUUUGGAGUCCAGUUCCGACCAGACGGUCCUGACUUCAAAAAGUUCAAGUCAAUUAUAGAGAAAUCGUUUUCCGGUUCCCCUCUGCGAUUUUUAAAAUUCACCCUAAUAACAAUAGCGCCAAAAAUAGCUGACUUUUUCAACAUAACCAUGUUUCCCAGUGGGACAACAGAAUACUUAAUGGAUAUGACCCGGGCUACCAUCAAAUGCCGUAAAGAGAACAAUAUCAAAAGGAACGAUUACUUUCAAAUGCUGUUAUCACUCAAAGAGCAAGGAGAGGAUGAAAAGAUGCUUUCUCACGUUCAUGAGGAUGAUGCAGUCAUUGACCAGUUGAAAUAUGCGGAAUAG